AUGAACCAGAAACUUAAAAGAAAAUCUGAGAAAGUUGUACAUUUACAAGAAAAGGUAAAUGAAUUUGAAAAAAAAGAAACUGAAAAGAAAUAUAGUAGAGUUGAAAAGGGUGUGCAGUGCAACGUUUUAAAGUCAUAUAUUGAAGACUUGAAAAAAGAAAUUGAUGCAUUGAAUGCAGAAAGAGAUGAAAAUGAUGAUAUGAAAGAAUCAUCAGAAUUUGUACAUAUUGAGAAAAAUGUAGAUUUUAGAGAAAAAUCAAAGGGCAGACCUUUCAAUUUUAAGUUAAGAAAGUUAUACUAUUUUUUUAUCAGUAAUAAUAUUGGUGUGCAGCAUAUUUCUCCUGUUGUUGAAGCUGUUUUAAAUAUUUUUGAUAUUCAUGUAAAAAAUUUACCAAGUAAGAGCACAACAGCAGUUUUAUCUAGUGAAAUGGGUGUUUUAUCUAGAAAUCAUGUUAAAGAAGAGCUUUUAAAUAGUAAAAACAUUACAAUGCACAGAGAUGCCACCACUAAAAAGGGAAAACAUUUUUAUGGUUUGCAAUUUAAUACUGGAAAUCAAUUUUUAACUGCUGGAAUCAGAGAAGUGCCAGAUGGCAAGGGUGAAACAUAUGUAAAUAGUACGAAAGAAAUGUUGUCUGAUAUUUCAGAGAAAGAAAGCGAUAAAAAAAGUAUUUUAGAAUCUGUAUCUUGUUUUAUGACUGAUAGAAGUUCCACGGAACAGAAAGUAAAUUUUAUUUUAUCUAGUGAAAUUUCUCACGAUGUUCAUUCUUUUAAAUGUUCAGUGCACCCUCUUUUACAAUUUUCAGAUGUUUGUUUACAAGAGUUUUAUAAUAUUGAAAAAGAAUUAAAUAUUCAUUUUGAUGGACAUUCCAGUACACCUAAAGAUCCUUAUGUCAUGUUUAUUUUAAGAAGUGUUUCAAAAUUUUUUUUUCAAGACGGAGUAGGUGAUCCGAAAUUUAGUCGAGUGUUUUUGAAAAGUCACGGAACAGACAAACUCCCUGUGAUGAAUGUAAGAGGAAAUCGUUUUAAUUUGUGUUUUUAUAAUGCUGCUGGUACAUUUUUUAUGCAUCAACUUCUUUUACAAUAUCUUUUAUCCUCGAGGAGUUCUUUUAAUGUUGUUUUGAAUGCAAUUGUUACAUCAUUGCAAAGCAAAGUAUUUUUAACAAUUUUGAGAGCUCUUGGUUUUAUAUGUAAAUUUAUUACUGAGCCAUACUGGCAGAAAACUUUAGAGUUAUGGAAUAUUACAAGUAUAAACACUGUGUAUCAAAGACUUUUAUAUGUUUUAAAUGUUAUUCAUAAAAACCCUUCAGCAUUAUUAAAAAGGGAAAUCAAACUGUUUGAAGGUCCAGAUUUUUAUGACCCUGUGUCAGAUUUUUUAUGUUCUAUGUCGUUAAAUGAUGACCUUACAUGUGUUUUUAUUAAGAGGUGCAUUAGUGUUUUAAUUGACAAGGCAAAGAAGUUGUUUGCAGAUUUUUUAGAAGGAGGAAAAUAUUUUAAUUCAUGUUCAACAGAAUUUUUUAAAGAAUGUUCAUCAUGUUCGACAAAUAAUAUAACCAUUGAACGGUUAAUGGGUCAGUUAGAUUUUAAACUUAAGUAUGCUGCCACCUCAUCUGUAAAUACAAUUGAGAGUAUUUUAAUGUAUAAUAAUAAUAAAACAAAAAAAUGGUUAGAAAAAAAAAGUGAAAAUGAACAGAGGAACAUUGUAAAUACAGCUAGAAAAGACAGUAGAGCUUUUUUAAUUGAAAGUAAGAGAAGGAAAGAAGAAUUAUUUAACAAACAUUUGCAGACUAUAAAAGAAAAAGAAGAGGAGAACAAGAAGAAGAAAGAAAGAAAAAAUGAUGCCAUCGACAAAGCGUUAGACGAUAUUCACAGACAUGGAUUAUGGGCUUCAGAGACUGAAAUUAAUGAAAAAUUGUGCAUUUUAAAGACAAAGAAGGAAAAAAUGACAGCCUUAAAAACUCAGAUUAAUAUUUAUAAGAAAGUUUUUAAAGUAGAACAAGAAUUUAGACAUUUAUUGUGUUUUAGCAAAAAAGGAAAAGUAUUUGACGAGAAACAAUUGAAAGAAAAUUUGAUUACACUACUGAAAAAAAGAAAGGAAUAUCAAGAAAGUAUUGCAUGUAACACCAACCCGAGGGACUUUGUAUCCAGACAAAUAUUACACACAUGGACAGAUAAUGGAGAGGACAUUGAAUGGGAGGGACAGAUUUUAAGCUACAGCAAUGGGGUGUUUAAAGUAAAGUCAUUUUAA